UCUGAACAGACAGCUGAUAAACUCAGAAAUCACAAUGGGACUGCUUCAGUUUAUAAAGGAUUAUUUUAUUGGUUUCUUGGACUAUGAGACCCCCAAGGUAAUGGUGGUUAAAAACAAAAAACUUGGAGUCAUAUAUAGAGGGGUUCAGUUUUUUGUGAUCACCUAUUUUAUCUGGUAUGUCUUUAUCAGUCAGAAAGCCUAUCAGGACAGUGAGACGAGGCCAGAGAACUCAGUCUACACUAAGAUGAAAGGCACAGCCCUGCAGGGGGACCACGUUCUGGACAUGGUAGAAUACGUCCGACCCUCAGAGGGCGGUGACGUGAUCAGCACAAUACUGAGACGAGUGGUCACACACAACCAGAGGCAAGGCACGUGUGCUGAGCAUUUUACCGUUCCCAAUGCCAACUGCUCAAAGGACUCGGACUGCAACUCAGGAAAAGUGGACUUUGAUGGCAAUGGACAGAGAACUGGGCGCUGUGUUCCUUACUAUAACCAGACCUUCAAGACCUGUGAGAUUCAGACCUGGUGUCCUAUUGAGGACUAUGCGGCAAUACGGGAGCCACCAUUAGCAGAGGCCAUCAAUUUCACUGUUUACAUCAAGAAUGCCAUCCAUUUCCCCAAAUUUAAAGUGUUGAGAGGAAACAUCAAACCAAACAAACGAAAUGGGCAGAAAUAUCUGAAUAAGUGUCAUUACAAUGAGGAGAAACACCCCUACUGCCCCAUCUUCCGGCUGGGUUACAUCGCAGAACAGGCCAGGGAGAAGUUCAGCGAGCUUUGCAGGACUGGGGGAGUGAUUGGUGUCUUCAUUAACUGGAAGUGUGAUCUUGACCUGGACCCCUCGGAGUGUAAACCCACAUACUCAUUCCGUCGCCUGGACCUUCGGAAGAACCUGCCCAGCUCUGGUUACAACUUCAGAUUUGCCAAGUAUUACAGCAAAGAUGGAGAAGAGUUCCGGACACUUAUCAAGGCCUUUGGGAUUCGUCUUGAUGUAAUAGUUCAUGGAAAUGCUGGACGAUUCAGCAUAAUCCCAACUAUCAUCAACACAGUGACAGCCAUGACCUCAGUUGGAAUAUGUUCCAUUAUCUGUGACUGGAUCAUGCUCACUUUCAUUGACAAGAAUGAUAUCUACAGUGGCAGAAAGUUUGAUGAUGACAGUAAAGUUCCCAAACCCAGCCAGACCUUCACACUUCCCACAGAAUUCACCAUCAUCAGCUAUGGCUCCACCCACUCUGACCUGUCAGAGGGAGUGGCCCUGUGACAUCCCAUCCCCACAGUGCCCUCUGGUCACAUCAGUCUUUGGCCACAUGCAUGGAUGAUGUUCUUCCUCAGACACCUGACUGCUGAUCAGGCGGAUGGGACAGACAGACGACCUUUCCCCCCCAAGCAGUCUCAGAUGUCCUCAGAGAGACCUCCUUGAUGGGUCAACCUCUGUCCCUGCGGGAUUUAACUGAAAGACAGCUAAGACCACUAAAACAUCCUACUUAGUUAGAGUGCCACCAGUUCUUUCACUAAAAGCAAUUUCCUAUGAUGAAUUAGUGUAAAUCUUUUAUGAAAAUUCCUGUUGAUUCAGGAAAUGAAUUAAACUCCAAUGGAGAAAUUCCAUGUUCAGUUCAACUGACAGGGACUGAAAUGGUACUGACCCCAACUGAAUCUCAAAUAAUUGCAAAUGAUCAGAAUUUAAUCCAACCAAUGAAAAAUAAACUAAAUAAGUUAUCGCAAUCAGCUAAACGUGUUGGAGUACAUUAUGCUGAGAACCCUCUUUUCCUGUCUACCCUGAACCAGGUCAAUAACUGUAUAAGCUAUACAUGCAAACACAACAAUAAA